UAAUACAUUCUCCACCAGGCUCAAUUCAUCAGGGAGUUUCUGGAGGGGAGGCAUCCGUUAUUGGCUGUCUCCGGACCUCAAGGAUAACAUUUCUGUCCUUUCCAUUGGCCGACCCACUGCUGCAAGCCUCUUCCCGUCUUAUUUUGAUGAUGAAUAUGAAGGCACGCUAAGCCGUGCCGGAGCGUAGUCCUCGCUGGCUGCACUCCCUCCCCGGGCUCAAGGACUACGGGGCUCUGCCGCUGCGUCCCCCGCCCGCCGCCAGCAGCAGCAGCAACAACAAAAGUUGUGAUGCUUUUCUUCACCCAGUGCUUUGGGGCUGUGUUAGAUCUUAUCCACCUGAGGUUUCAACACUACAAGGCAAAGAGGGUUUUCUCAGCUGCUGGGCAACUCGUCUGCGUCGUCAACCCAACACACAGCCUAAAGUAUGUGUCGAAUCGCUGCACAGCUGCCCAGGUGUCCACAGAGCAAGGUGGCCUUCCUCCCUGCCACCACCACGAAGCGGUGCAUGACCCCCAGCUAGUGCCUUGCACAUGUCCGCUCUUCUCUUGCCAAUGGGAAGGGCACCUGGAGGUGGUGGUGUCCCAUCUGAGACAGACGCACCACAUCGACAUCCUUCAGGGAGCAGAGAUUGUCUUCCUGGCCACGGACAUGCACCUGCCAGCACCCACAGACUGGAUCAUCAUGCACUCUUGCCUUGGCCACCAGUUUUUGCUGGUUCUCAGGAAGCAGGAGAAGUAUGAAGGUCACCCCCAGUUCUUUGCCACGAUGAUGCUGAUCGGCACACCGACCCAAGCCGAUAACUUCACCUACCGGCUCGAGCUCAACAGGAAUCAGAGGCGCCUUAAGUGGGAAGCAACCCCCAGAUCAGUACUGGAGUGUGUUGACUCUGUCAUUUCGGAUGGGGAUUGCCUUGUGCUGAACACUUCCCUGGCUCAGCUCUUUUCUGAUAACGGAAGCCUAGCAAUAGGAAUUGCAAUAACCACCAGCAAAGUGCACAAUGCUGAGGCUGAAAUAUGAGGGAGAAAAGGAGGAGGACAAAUAUGAUGCUCCAACUGCCUUGUGAGAGCCAGAACUUGUAGACUUUUUGGGGGGGUCUCAGGUCUUUUAUGGUAUUUAGUACUUGUCCACAGUGGGCAUUAUGUAAACAUCCUGUGGUCACCGUCUCUGUGUAAUGUAUUUACUGUUUUGUUAAUACAAUUUUAUGAGAAAUUUUAAAGAGGCUAAUCAAUUUGUCAUCUCCCUCCAAGCAACACUGCUCAGAUUUUUGAGUUGAUACUGCUCUCAUGGAAAGCACUCCUGGGGCGACUCACAGAAACCUUUGGUGCGAAUAUGCUAUGAAAAUGUGUUUCCUUCAUUGUCUGCCUAAUUGUCUGGUAUUAAGGAGGCCUCAGUGCCUGAAGUAAGGUAAAACAUUCCAUUAAGGGCUGGAAACACCAGAGUUGCAGCAGGUUCAUUGAUCACAAGCAACUUCUGACAAAGUGGUGCACUGCGAUGAAUUGACCUCAGAUAGACUGAAUUGCAGCAGGCUCCGACUAUCUGAGGGUGUCUGUGACUAUCCUCACUCCUUCUCUUGGCACUGAGUGCUUGUUGCCCUGUGGUUGUUUUUCCAUUCUAGCAAUAAUGAUUUAACUUUUAUACUGCAGUCACGACCAAGCCCUCUGAUGAACGGCAGCGCCUGCCCCAGGGAGCUCACAGUUUCAAAGCUGCCUUCAUCUUCAGAGGAUGAGGAAACAACAUUCACCACCCAGAUAACAAACUUUGCAGAAGAAAAACUCAACACCUUCACAAAUCUCCACUGAGCCAGGGCCUGGGAAGCCCCAUCUUGCAAUAUAUCACCAACUACAGGUAGUGGGCAGUCACAAAUGAUUAAACUGUACUCUUGUAUCAUGAUGGGGAGCGACAGGCUUGCUAGAUGGUCUGGCCCCAGGAUGAAGAUCACCCAUAACCAGUCCUCAGGGCAUUCAGUUUUUUAGCGUCUAUUUCCUUAAACAUUCAAAAAGAGUUUUUCAGAAAAUAAAGUAUCAGGAAGGUGCCAAGUUGUGUAUUGACCUUGUUGUUGAAUUCUGGGCUCCUUAGCCC